GAAGUCCUUCACCUUUUGCUAAAGGAAUAUUUUCUGAAGGUUCACAUUGAUGGUAAAGCUUUUGCACAAAUGAAGAAUUUGCGGAUCCUAAAAAUAUGUGAUGAAGAACUCAGACGCCUUUGGCAUGAAUUUGAUUUGAAGUUGUGGAAGGAAUCUAAGAUGAAUUACGACGGGAAGUUGAAAUUUUUAUCAAAUAAGUUAAGGUUAUUUUAUUGGCAUGGAUUCCCUUUCAAGUGCUUCCCUUCAGAUUUCUAUCCAGAAAACAUUGUUGCCAUUGACUUGUCUUACAGCCACAUCAAAAAUCUUUGGACAUCGCCUAAGUGUUUUGAAAGGUUGAAAGUGAUGAAGCUAAGGCAUUGUCGUAACCUAACAAGUACCCCCAAUUUCACAAGGAUCACAAAUCUCGAAGAACUCAUUCUUGAAGGUUGUGUGAAUUUGGUUAAAGUCCACCCAUCCUUUGGGAUGCUCAAGAAGCUUGUUGUUCUGAAUAUGGAAGAUUGCAAAUGUUUUAGGAGAUUCCCUUGCAAAGUCGAAAUGGAUUCUCUUGAAGUUGUGAAUCUCUCGGGUUGCUCAAAACUGGACAAACUUCCUGAAUUCUCUGGCACAAUCCAGACUUUGAAAGAGUUUUGUAUCGAUGGUACCGCCAUAACGGAACUUCCUUCUUUUGUAUUCUCUCAAAACAACCUUCAAGUAUUGGGAUUUGGUCGACAUGGGAAGAGGAUCCRGUCUAGAUGGUGGGGUUCAAUUUCUCAACCUUCGUGGUUUCCAAGUAAGAUGCAACAUCCCCAAAGUCUGGUAAUGCCUUCAUUGGUGGAUUUAUGUUUCUUACGAAAAUUAAAUCUUAGCUGCUGCAAUAUAUUGGAAGUGUCUGAUAGCAUUGSAGGCUUAUCWUGUCUAGAAUCUCUAUCCUUGGGUUGGAACAACUUUACUAGCUUACCUGGAUGUCUGAGUCAACUUUAUCGUCUUAGGCUUUUUAUCCUUUCGGGUUGCAAGAAGCUGGAAAUGCUUCCAGAACUUCCACCWAACCUUUUGUAUCUUGCUGCAUCUCGUUGCACCUCCUUGCAUCAAAUUCCACCUAGCAAUUUUAAUAUUCAUUCAUCCUUAGUCAUGUAUUUUAACGGUUGUCCAAACUUGUUUAGGAAUGUUAGUAUUGAAAGCCAGUUUUGUAUGUGUCAGCCUUCACUUGAUCUUAACUCAUCUAAAACCUCCCACAGUUGUAGAAACCAAAUUUCUUUUUUUCUUAAAUUUAUGGAGUUCCCGAGUAACAUACGUGAAAUCUUCGGUGGACAAGACAAUAACCAUUUGGAUAUAAAAUAUCAUGGAAAUAAAAUUCCACAAUGGUUUACAGAAACAAGUAUGGAAAAUCACUUACAGGUCGAUUUGCCUUCAAAUUUCUGCUACAACAAGUUGAGGGGAUAUGGAUUUUGUGUUGUUUUGAUGCAGAAAAAGUCUUAUUAUGAUCACAAAGAUUACAACAAUUUACCAGGCUUUCAUGUGGACAACUUUGAUGGGACUUCUUUGGUUCACAACUAUCGAUUUAUAUGUGGUUCCACUAAAAACCCUAAGUCAUGUAUCAUAUGGUUUUGUUUUGAGACUCGGGUUUAUCGUGAAUGGCAGGAGGCAAAGAAUUUUGUUACUUUUUGGUUUGAAGAUAAUGAUGAUGUUGAGAUAAAAGAAUGUGGUUUUAGACUUGUUUUUGAUGAAGAUAUAGAAGAAGAGACGAAUUUCAGUCUCAUUCAGGAGCUCCCGGCUCCAACACAAGAAGGAGGUGCCAUCCAAAUGACGAGGAAUCAUCGAUAUUUCAGUUGGUCGUGGUAGGUAGUAUGAUUAACAAAGAUGUAUUGUGGUGAUACAUAUGUCAAAGCU